CCUCAAUGUGCACGCGUAUUAUUGUUCCGAGGUGCAGAUCCGGGCAUUCCAAACAAACAAGGACAAACUGCGCUUCAUGUGGCACAUAUUGUUGGCAGUGUAGAUGUGGCUGAAUGCAUACGCAACUUUAAUCCGGCUGAUGCGGGUACAGAGCAUUGA